CACGUAAUCUCCUGUCUUCACCCACUUCCUUGCUUUUUUCAGAAAAAGAACUUACGAAAAGUUGGAGUUUAAUACAGUCGAUACCUAAAUUACACAAACGAAAUCCCCCCUUUCAUUCUUCUGUUUGAAUCAGGAGCAGAUUCUCUCUCUCUGUUUUCUAAUCACGAGUUCUUGAUAAACCCUAACCCUAAAUCUAAAUCGCACACCCCAGAAAAAGGCGAAGAGAAGAAAACCUGAUAAUUGCUCGAUUUUUUAGAGUUAUUGAAAAACCGUCUUCUUUAAAUCCACACCAACGAAAAAAAGCCCUGUAAUUUGCGACUGAAUCUCUUAUGUUUCUAGAUUGAUUAGAAAAUGAAAGUACCAAGAGGGUUUAUCGCUAAACUAUGGAGCUUCAUCUCCUUCCUUCCUUUCUUCCUCCUCCUCCUUUCUCUCGGUCUGCUUAAAGGGGUGAUAAUUGGCCCAAUUGUGGUGGUGAUAAUGGUGGUUGGAAAUUCGUCGGUGGCCAUCGGACUUUGGCCGGCGCAUUUCUUCUGGACUUACUACUGUGUUCUCAAGACUAAAAGGGUUGGAUGGGUGUUGAAAUUGCUUGUUCUUCUGUUCUUACCUCUUCCUCUUGUACUAUGGCCGGUUGUAGCCAUCGUCGGCAGCCUCCUCGGCGGAAUAGGUUUUGGGUUUUUCUCUCCGUUAAUCGCAACCUUUGAAGUUAUUGGCACAGAUCACAAAGACAAGUGCUUCCAUUGCUUUGUUGAUGGCUGUAGUGAAGAAAUUCCCGCCGGCGAGAAACCAGUCGACAUCAGAUUAUCCAAAUUGCCAAAGAGUCUAUUCAUCAUCCCCAUCGCCAUCGCCAUCGAUGUACCUCUGAUAACCGGCGUUGCUCUAUGGAAGAGUCCAUACAUGUUGAUUAUCGGAUGGAAGAGACUAUUAGAAGACUUAAUCGGGAGAGAAGGCCCUUUUUUGGAAACUGUCUGUGUGCCUUUCGCCGGACUUGCCAUCGUCUUAUGGCCUUUAGCAGUCGCCGGAGCUGUAAUCGCAUCUCUCUUCUCCAGUUUUGGUCUUGCUCUAUAUAGCGCCAUAAUCGUCCACCAGGAAGAUUCAAUCAAGUUUGGAUUUGCGUACACCGUGGCUGUGGUUUCAUUGUUUGAUGAGUACACAAACGACUUGCUUUACUUAAGAGAAGGAUCAUGCUUUCCUAGACCAAGAUAUCGUGAGAACAUGAAAGCAUCUGAUGGAUUAGAGAGAAGGAAUUCAAUUGAUAUGAAGAACGAAAAGGAAAGCUCAAGAGGGUCAAGAUUGGUUUCACAACGUUCAAAAACUUUGAAACAGGCUCUUCAACAAUACACACCUGUGCAAGUUUGGGAUUGGUUGUUCAAGUCAUGUGAGGUGAAUGGAAGAAUACUUUUUCGCGAUGGUUUGAUAGAAGUUAAAGACAUUGAAGAAUGUAUAGUGAAGGGGAAAUGUAAGAAACUAGGGAUCAAAUUACCCGCAUGGUCUAUAUUACAGUGUCUUCUUGCUUCAGCAAAAUCUGAAUCUUCAGGUUUAAUUAUUUCGGAUGAGGUGGAGCUAACGAGGACAAAUUUACCGAGGGAUAAAGUAUUUGAGUGGUUCAUUGGGCCACUUUUGAUAAUGAAGGAGCAAAUCAAGGGGCUUGAAUUGAGUGAAGAUGAGGAGUUUUGUUUGAAAAAGCUUGUGAUGAGGAACAAGAACGAGAGACCGGAAGAUUGGGAUGAUACCGGUUUCCCAUCCGGUGAUCAUGUCAGACGAGCACAACUACAAGCUAUCAUACGACGGUUGCAGGGUAUAGUGGGUUCGAUGUCUAGAUUGCCAACUUUUAGGAGGAAGUUGAAGAAUUUGGUGAAGGUAUUGUAUCUUGAGGCACUUCAGUCGGGAAUUAUAGCGAGCCAGGGACAGGGUGGGGGUAGUUCGAAAAGUAGGCGUAAGGGUCAGGGUUCGGUUGGAACCGUGGACACAAAAGGUCCAGUCGUGACCCAAGAAGAGAGGCACAGACACAACCCUCAGGUUCCUGAGGAUGUGGUAUGAUUUGUAUCGAGUUUAAUUUCCUAAUCACAUGGAUGGUGUUUCAGUUGGAUGUGGAUGCUCGUAAUGCUUUAUCAUUCGGCAUCAUUUGUAAAUAGAAGGGUAAAUUGGUCAUUUACUUUCAUUGGACAUGUGAUUUGGUUCGAAAAAGAAAGUCCUAAUGUAUAUAACACUUACUUUAUCUAUUACCUUGAAUUUCAC